AUGACGACGAUAUGGUACUCGAUCGAAGGCUACCACUAUGUUGUCAACGAUGAUGAAGAUGCAUCGUCACCCCUCGAAUCCAUGGGUCUCAACAUCAUCAAUUGCUGGGAGGAAGAAGAAGAGGCCACAAGGUCAGCCGCCUGCUACCUGCCUUCUCCUAUGUUCCCUGCCGCCGAUGACCUCCCGCCGUUUCCUCCGACGGCCGACGACGACGUGCUGAUGCCGGACCUGGAGCCUUUUUUACAGGCCUUGGGCAACGAGCUCGUCGUCGACAAUGGCGCGGCGCCUAUCCUGCCGGUGGCCAUGGAUCACCCUAUCGAGACAACCACGCAGCAGCCUCUGCAGAUCAACGAUCGCCAUGACGACGACGGCAGCUUAUCCGGCGGCUACGACGAAACGGCCGCCGCCGAGCAGCAGCGUUGUGCCUUUGCGAGGCCGCCGGCGGUGGAGAAGAAGAAGAAGAAACGCGGCGACGGACCGGCCGCCGGUGGGAGAAGUCUGCAGCACGUGGGGCUGGACGAGCUUAGGAGGUACUUUUACAUGCCGAUGACCAAGGCGGCGCAGGAGCUGAACGUGGGGACGACGGCGCUCAAGAAGCGGUGCCGCGAGCUCGGCGUCGCCCGGUGGCCGCACCGGAAGAUGAAGAGCCUCCGCUCCCUCAUCUCCAACCUUCAGGAGAUGGGGAACGGCAUGUCGUUGCCGCCAUUGGAGGCGGUGCAGGAGGAGCUGGAGGUGUGCUGCGCGAUGAUGGAGCAGAACCCGGGGAUCGAGCUGUCGGAGAGCACCAAGAAACUGCGCCAGGCCUGCUUCAAGGAGAGCUACAAUAGGAGAAGGUAA